AAACAUCUGAACACUAAAGUGAUGCCAUAUUUUUUCAUUGGGUAUCUUUUAUCCAUAUAUUUCUGUAUUCAUUCUAGCUUUUUAUUUUCAAUCCAGACUACAUGCAUUUUUUUUUUUUUUUUUUUAAUAUUUAUAGUCUUACGGUGUAUAUAAUGGUUAUUUUAUAGUCUUUAUUUGUAAAUAAAUUGUUAGAUGAUAAACUUGCACCUGUGCCACAUAACACAUACAAAUGCUUGGUCUCAGUGGGAUGAGCGAAGAGUCGGAGUUGGUUGUGGCCGACCCGUUUGACAUGGAUGGUGACAGUCCCUACCAGGAAUCAAGUGCUAUUAAGAAGCUCCUGAUGCAGCUGCCCGUCCAACUCCAGCUGGCCUCUCCAGCUGCCAGGGAAUGGAUCACUCGCCGGAGGGAGAAUGUCCGACCAUGGCUGGUCUUCGUCAACACACAGAAGUUCAAGGUAUUGGAUGGAAGAGGGAUUAUUGAUAGUGUUAGUUUGGUGGGAGGAGUUUCAGCAAUCUUGUUUGGGUGGUUGGACGGGUAAGAGGUAAUCUCUCUGUCUCUGUCUCUCUCU